UCUCGGAAUUCCUAGACGCGGGGCCACGGCGCGCGUCUCCCGGCGCGGGGUUCCUCUCACGCAGCCUCCCAUUCAAAAGAUGCCGAAGGGGCGGCGCGGCAGCCAGAACCCCAAGAUGAGCCAGCGGCCGGCCCCACCCCUCUACUUCCCGUCGCUCUACGACCGGGGCAUCUCGUCGUCUCCGCUGAGCGACUUUAACAUCUGGAAGAAGCUCUUUGUGCCGCUGAAGGCGGGCGGGGCGCCGGCGGCCGGGGUGGCGGGGAUAGCGGGGGUCCGACCCCUGCCUCUGGCACCCCCAGCCACGGUGCCCCCGCCGCCGCCUGGCUUGGGUCCCCCCAGCGAGCGCCCGUGCCCUCCGCCUUGGCCGUCCGGCCUGGCCGCUAUACCCUACGAGCCUCUGCGCUUUUUUUACUCGCCGCCGCCAGGCCCCGAGAUGGCAACUUCAGCCCUGGUCCCCGGCUCCACAACCCCCUGGCUCGCCUCCGCCUCCCACCCCGAGGAGCUGUGCGAGCUAGAGAUCCGGAUUAAGGAGCUGGAGCUGCUCACCAUCACUGGAGAUGGCUUCGACUCCCAGCGCUAUAAAUUCCUGAAGGCGCUGAAAGAUGAAAAGUUACAAGGACUGAAGACGACCAGGCAACCUGGAAAGUCGGCCUCUGUCUCCUGAGGAGCUGCCCUUCCAGGGCUGGGCAGCCACCUCCUUAGGUGUUAGUGCUUAGAUAAUGUGUCCUGUUUGUUGUCAUUUCAAAGAUGGUUAUUUUCUGUUCUGUA